AUGUCUCAGUUAGUGGAGGUUGUCCCCCAACCUCUGGAAUCAUCACAGUCACUGGCAGUAGCAACAUCCAAGAGUGCUCAACAGAGGGAGACAAACUACUACAUGUCAAAAGAAAGAGCUAUCAGAUGUAUAGUUAUGUUGUUUGAUACCAUCAAAGACCUAAUAUCUGAGAAUGAUAGGAGGUGCAAUUUGGACGAUAAGGACAACAAUGUGACUCUUGAAUCUCAAAGACUCAAUGGUUCACUGAUGUGGUUCAUUGUUACAGUCAGGAGUGCCUGCAAUUUGGUUACAUUGCCCUUAAUCACACUCUCCCAUGGCUUCACUCAAAGGCUUCAGAUAUGGAGACCAGUCAGCGUCAGAGCAGGAAUUAGGGAUCAUGCAGAUGGCUAUAUCAUGAUGGAAAUGUCCUGGCCAGCCUUCCUGUAUGAAAAAUACUCAGCUAAUCAGGACAAUCUGGAGAAGGGCCUCUUCCAAAGUGUUCUCCUGCUUCAGGCUUUCAAAGCCAUAUUCACAUCUCCUUCCUCUGCAAAGGAUGUUGCAGGUGAAGGAAAUGGUGCUAAUGUAAUCAAAAACAGCCAAUGUGCUAAGAGGGAUGUCAAUUUGGGCAAGAAAGUCAAGACACAUGUGGCACAAAUUAUCAAGAUGUGCAAAGUCAUGCCCCACUCUAUCACAUAUGUCUCAUGUCAAGUAAGUGUUGAUGGCAACUUUGACUAUAUACCAUUCUGGCAAAACAUUGUCAACUUCUUUGAGUGGCCCCCUGGUUGUGCAGUGCAGCAAAAAGUUGACCAAUUCUUGGCAUGGUGGACAAGGAAAGUCUUUGGAACUAGCUGCCAUGUGGAACUUAUUGACAGAGCAAAGGCCAAGAUGUCUGUAAAUGCUCUUGCAAGGCAGAGAGUGCAACUGGAUGAUACUAUGUUUGAUUCAGAAUAG